CGUGAUUUGGAUCUGAUCACGGAAAAAUCGAAAUCCCCCAAAAGCGCUUACCACCAAUCAUGUCUUACUACCCGAAAGGUCACCACUACGAAUCCGGCGACGAUGUCGAUGACUUUGAUGACUACGAUUCAACUCCGUACGGAGGAGGCUACGACAUCCACCUCACCUAUGGCCGUCCUCUCCCUCCUUCUGAGGAAACUUGCUACGCUCCCACCUCAACUUCCUCCGGCGGCUUCGACUAUGAAAGAUCUAACUAUUCCUCCUACGCCGAGCCAAGUGCCUACGGCGAAGAAGCCCUUGACAAUGAAUACAAGAACUAUGCUCGUCGCAAGCCGCGCCCUGGCCAUACCCCUGCUGUGACUCCUCAAUACGGUGGAGGUCACGGCGGUGGAUCUGGUUAUGGUAGGCCUGAGGAGCCUACUUCCGCGUAUGGAUCUGGCUAUGGACGGAAACCUGAAGAGCCUUCUUCUGAAUACGGAUCUGGGUAUGGUCGGCGUCCCGAAGAGCCCACUUCUGAGUACGGAUCUGGUUAUGGGCGGAGGCAGGAGGAGCCUACUCCUGAAUACGGAUCUGGUUAUGGUCGGAGGCAGGAGGAACCUACUCCUGAAUAUGAAUCUGGUUACGGUCGGAGACAGGAGGAACCUACUCCAGAAUAUGGAUCUGGUUAUGGUCGGAGACAAGAGGAACCUACUUCUGAAUAUGGAUCCGGUUAUGGUCGGAGGCAGGAAGAGCCCUCAUCUGAGUAUGGAUCUGGUUAUGGCAGGAAGCAGGAGGAGCCGACUUCUGAGUACGGAUCUGGGUAUGGACGGAGGCAGGAGGAGCCAACUCCGGAGUAUGAAUCUGGAUAUGGGCGUAGGCAGGAGGAGCCGGUUUCUGAGUAUGGAUCCGGGUAUGGCAGGAAGACUGAGGAAGAAUACCCUAAACCUAGUUAUGGUCGGCGAAGCGAUGAUGAAGAUGAAGGUCACGGUCAUGGUGGUCGUAAUAAAUAUGGAGAUAAUGACUCUGAUGAUGAUGAUGAGAAGAAGAAGCAUAGGCACCACCACCGCAAGCAUUAUGAUGAAUGAAGAUUGAAGUGAAGUUUGGUUUGUUGGGUUCAUAAGCUACUACCACUAGUAUGAAUAAAGGGGUGGCCAUCGUAAACAACUGGUUUCUAUCUUUGAUGUUUCUUUAUGUUUGAGUGUGUGGUUUGCCUUUGGUAUUGUUUCGUUUGGUUUUUGUUUCUAUUAAUAUAAAAGUCCCAAGCUUUUAAGCUUUUGGAUCUUUGAAAGUAUGAUUUCAGCACACCUUGAAUCUUCUAAUGUGAAUCACAUAAUAUGCAAUCUUGCUGUA